UAUGAAUAACGCAUUCGACUUAUCAUGUCUCCAUACGGUGUUGCGCCUCCGUCCAGGAGAUGCCCCUCAUAGGUCGGAAGCCCAUCGGAGGCAAGCGAGCUUCGUGCAUGCCGCCAAGAACCGUAUACAUUACCUCAUAAAACCGCCGCAAAUCGUGGCCCGAUAGGAAACACAAUUUCCUUAGACUCAAGGAUUUGAAUAGAAGAACUAUACGAAAGAGGAGAUCCAACUCGCCGACAAUGUCUUCCAGCACAACAGACGCACGGCGUCUGCAGGCGCGGAAACCCGUGCCCAAGAUGCCGCCGGCCUAUCUACCCAAAGCCGGAUCGCCACUGAAGGUGGACGAAUCCCUAUACGAAGCCGCGCAGAAGGCCCCUCGGGUGCUGACCGAAGAGUUUACACUGCCUAUUCGAUCCGGGAAAGCAUGGAAAGCACCCGCCGGCUCCAUCAUCAGGAUCAGCACCCCCGAGGGGGGACAAGUCGGCGACCUCAACAUAUGGAACGCGCACAACCCGCGCGAGCGCUUCUGGGCCUCGCGCACCAAGCAGCUCUACGCCUCGCACGUGAGCACGCACGACCGGCUGUGGUCGACGCUGCCGUACCUGCGGCCGCUGGUGACCAUCAUCCACGACACGCUGUCGUGGUACGGGCAGGACGAGCACGGCGGGCGCGUGCACGACCUCCUGGGCACGCGGUGCGACCCUUACAUCAACGCCGUGCUGUCCGGGGAGGCCGGGGGCUACGAUUUCCACUGCCACUCGAACCUCACGCGGGCGGUCCUGCCGUUUGGGCUCACCGAGUUCGACGUGCAUGAUGUGAUCAACCUGUUCCAGGUUACGGGCUUGAAUGAAGAGGGUCGGUAUUUCAUGAACCCGUGCCCGGCGGAGAAGGGCGAUGCGAUUGAAUUUUUGGCCGAGCAGGAUGUGCUGAUGGCUUUAAGCACAUGCCCUGGCGGUGAUUUGUCCCUUUGGGGCUUUGGGGAAGAUAGCGAGAAAGAAAUGAUCAAGUGCUGCAGACCGCUAAAGGUUGAAGUCUUUCGCCUUGAGGAUCCGACCUUGCUGGGGCGAGGUGGCUGGAAGCCAGCGGAGGUUGCGCCGUAUAAAGGUAACCAUGGGAUGAAUGUUCCGGAAGGCGAACAUGAGCGAAGUUAAUGAACGAGAAAUUGAAGUAGGAAAGCCGCAGUGCUUUUGCGAACAGUCACCCUGUCGAGAAGAUCUGUCAAAGAGUUACGUGGACAAAAAGUCAUA